AUGGGUGAUGUUUCAAGCCCUUAUAUUCAGCCGCCACCUGCUUCUCACAAAGCCAACCUGCCAAUUCCAUUCUAUGGCCUUAUAAUAAUUGGGACAGCAGCUAUCCUAUUAGUCAUGUACAAUCUUAUCUUCAUCAAGUGGUGCUCGAAUCGUCGAAGUCAGGACCUGUCAGCCCAGAGACCUGGCCGAUUUAUAGAGGCAACAGCAAGUAGCCACAGUUUGAACUCGUCCACUUUCAAGUUCAGGAAGGAUGAUAAUAUGGGUUCCCAAGGCCAGGGAAGCGAUUAUGAAUGUGCUGUUUGCUUGUCGGUUUUUGAAGAGGGAGAGGAGAUCAGGCAAUUGCCCGGAUGCAACCACUCCUUUCAUGCUCCUUGUAUAGACAUGUGGCUGUUUUCUCACUCUGAUUGCCCACUUUGUCGUGCCCGAGUUGUCGCUGCUCCACCUCCCUUCUGCCGGCGACAUCAUGAGGAAGCUACGCCUGAUAACUCUCAAGAUAAUUUGCUGGGUGCAAACCUUCAUUUCAUGCCUUUCGUCUAG